AUGUCCGACAAUGAAACCUCGAAGCUAAUCAAAUUGGUUCAGGAUUCUUUUAAAGAUGAUCCUAAAACAAUAAGGUUAGGAACGAGGGAUAUUCGUGAAAUUCCUGUGGAAUUAAUAAAUUUAUUAGCUAAAGAUAAUUAUAAAGUUGAAAGAUUUGGACUUGAAACAAAUCAUUUGUCAACUCUUCCAACAGAAUUUUGUAAAUUAUCAUAUUUAAGAUAUUUAAACGUUUCUAACAAUGCAUUUAAAGAUUUUCCUGAGACGUUAUGUGCAAUGCCAAGUUUGGAAAUAUUGGAUAUUAGCAAGAACAGAAUUAAGAAAUUACCAAAUGAUUUUGGAAAAUUAAUGUCACUGAAGUUAUUGAAAAUAUCCAAAAAUUUAAUAAGAAUAAUUCCUAAUUAUAUUGCGGAUAUGAAAGAUUUACAAUAUUUAAAAAUUGAUAAUAAUCCAAUUCGUUUUCCACCAAGAGCUAUUCAUAUAAUGCCAAAAGGUGAUGAAAAAGAAGUCAUGAUAAGUUGGUUAGCUAAACUAAAAGAAUAUUUAAGACACACAGAGGAAGUUUAUCAAGAUGAAAUGACAAAUAAUAAGCUAUUAAAAAAAUCUUCUUCAGUUGAUAGUAUUAACAAUCUGGAAUCUAAUUUGGAUUCACGUAUAACUAGUGAAAAUUCAAAUUAUUUAAAUACUAUAACCGAGGAUGAACAAGUAACCUCUAAAUUUGAAAAGAAAAAAGCAAGUCCUAAAUUAAGUAUAGAUUUACCUUCACGUCGUGAUAGAAGUUUUAGCAAUGACUUGGAUCUUGCAUUAAUGAACUCUCGUAACACUCCUAUUCGAGCACAUUCAAAAAGCUUUUCUCAUACUCAUAAUUCUCCAACAAAUUCUCAUGCAAUUUUGGAGGAGCGUAACAGUGAAUUUUAUUUUCAAAGACUUAAAACUCUUCCUCCGACUGAACAUCUUAGAAUGAGUGAUAUCUCUUUGAGGGAGGCUAGUCGAAAUAUCUUAUACGCGUUGUCUCAAGUGCAUAAAGCUUUACGUCAAUUUGUAAUUUUUACCGGCAAUGAAAAGAUAUUUACUGUUGAUCUUAAUAAGACUAAUCACUCAAUAGGACAAUUAUGUACUGCAUUACAAAAAUUUGACAAUUUUGCUUUGCAAGCAACAGGAGAUGCUGAGCAUUUGGUCAAAUUACUUAGUGCAUGUCAAGAAAAUAUAGCAAAUUUCAAAGUUCUUUUGGAUCUAUUGAAUAAACAUCUUAAAUAUUUAACUCAACCUUCUGAAAAUUUUCGAUAUUCACGAACCCUUCUCUUAAUGUUUCAUGGUGCUACUGUGGACAUUAAAUUUGCUUGGGAAAAUAUCUCUCCACUUUUGAAUAAUAAUACUCCUUUUACAGGUUCUUCAACACCUAUGCGAUCAAAAUCAAUGUCACGUUCAAAUAGUAGUAGUAAUCUUAAUGGUAUUCCUCAUUCUUCUGCGUCUGUAAUUAAUGGUUCCUCAAGCAGUGUUAGUACUCCGUCUACUGCUGGAAUGUCUCCAUCUUCUUCUCUUGGUCCAUAUUCUGCUGGUUUGAUAAAUAAUUCUUAUACGGACAUUGCAUUACCAAUUUCAAUAUUUGACCAAAUGCUUUCAAAGGUUGAUGCUGCUAUCAAGUCUGUGGAGAAUGUUGGAAAACAUUUAAUCGAUCAAUUAGACAUUGCCAUUGGAACAUCUGUAGAUGAAUAUUCUCCCGCAUUACCUGUGAAAAUAAAGUUAAAAGAAUUAAGAUCACAUGUUAAAAGUGUAUUGGAUGUAACUAAGCAAUUGAAAAAAUCUCGGUUGGCUGUAAAAUUGACACAAAAAGAAGAUUUGAGUAUACAACUUAAAGUUUAUGAUGCCACAAUCAUAUUCCUUCAGGAAACUGUGAAAAUGUCUACAUUAGCCAAAGAUAUUUCACAAGAAUGGCAACUUAGUAGUAAAGUUAUGACAGGACUAGGCCUUGUCACUAAAUCUAAUAUCGAAUUGACUGAUAUUCUUCGAGCAAUUGAAGAAUGGCUU